AUGUCGGGUCUUGAUUUUCUUUCACUUUCCAAGACAAGAUUCCAAGGUCAACAGGGGUUCCAACCUGGCCGACACAAAUCACACAACAACCACCAUCACAGCCACACCUAUCCACAACCACAACCCACAUCGAACACCGACACCCGCCCGGUGCCGGAACGGUUCGCUCAUUCAGCCUCUGCCAGCGGCCUGCGACCAGCAUCUAACCUCCAUCCAACCACCGCCAUCCGCCAAUCCCCUCAACCACCCCGCCAAGACUUACCACGGAAGAUAUCCCCAACCUAA